AUGAUCCGUCUCAAAAGCUUCGCAUUCAUUUUGCUGUUUCUGGUCUCCAUUUCUUCAACUGAAGAUUCUAGGCCAUGUAUAGAAAUAUCCAGAGAACUACGUUUUCCUUGCUCGUGUACUUUAGGGACCUAUAGAACAAGCGUUGGAUGGAAACCCUUCGAUUGCUGUCAACUGUGAUCGAGUAGUUUUUUCGUCAGAAAUUCCUUCGCUGCCCUUCGGUGCGCCAAUUGUAUCGUUCAGUCAAAGAUGGGCGGGACAUCAGUCGCUACCCACACAGGUUUUUACCUCCACGGAUCUUCCACUAAGAAGUAUAGAUCUUUCAGGUAAUUCUUUACGAAGACUAACAGAAAGGAUGCUUCAAAGUUUGAAAUCUACGCUGGUGGAACUCAGAUUGGCUGACAAUCUUCUUGGGGACACUUUAAAUCCAAUUUUCUCCACGACAGAGUUUCGGGGAUUAAGUCAUCUUCAGAUUUUAGAUUUGAGCGGUAAUAGUAUUAAAGCCAUCGAAGAAGGAAUUUUGGAAGGGUGUGAUAGUUUACAGGAACUUUAUCUUGGGAAAAAUAGCUUUAAUUCAGUUCCAAGUUCUUCGUUAAAUGGUCCCCAUAAUCUGAGAUUGUUGUCUCUUACGGACAACCGCAUAGAUACUGUGAAGUCAGAAGCCUUCAAAUCCCAACCAUAUUUGGAAUAUCUAGACCUAAGCAAGAAUCUAAUAUCUUACAUUGAGAGUAACGCUUUUUCACCUUUAGAAAAACUAAAGUCAUUAAAACUGACUCAUAAUAGACUCUCUAGGUUUAACAGUGACGUAUUCCAAGGAGCUGAUAAUUUACUUUUGCUAGAUUUGUCGCAGAAUUAUAUAAUAGAGUUUCCAAGCAUUGCCCUCAAAGCUUUUGCAAGCCUGCGAUAUUUGAAUCUUUCUUCAAAUGUCAUACAGAGCCUUGAUAACAAUCACUUAGCAAACUUAAAAGGUCUUUACCACUUAGAUCUCAGCAGGAAUAACUUAGCAAAUAUUGUACCAGGGACUUUCCUGGGAUUAAAGCAACUAAGAAGACUGGAUAUUGGAGUUAAUUCAUUAAGGACGAUUGAAGACGAUGCGUUUGAAGGUUUAGACAAUUUGGAGUUCCUUAACUUGAAAGACAACAAUAUUCUAUUGAUACCAGCUUCUGCUUUGGGACGUCUACCGAAACUAACAUCCCUUCAACUGGACUACAACCGAGUAGCUGCUUUGUCAGCGGAUAUUUUGAGAUCUAUAGCAGAUAGAGUAACAAAACUAGUCAUAUCGAAGAAUAUAGUGAGGGAACUACCAUCUGCGUCAUUCCAAAACUUCAAUCAGCUUCAAACUUUAGAUCUAUCGAGAAAUUUAUUGAGUUCUUUAAAUUCAGAUGCGUUUUCUGGCUUAGAAAACACUUUACUUAGCUUAGAUUUAUCCCAAAACCGCAUAACAAAUCUAGCUGGUACUCCUCUAACGUUACUUAAGCUGCAGAAACUUGACUUAAGUGAUAAUCAUCUUACGGAUAUUUCCAGAAACUUUUUCACUUUACUGCCUUCCUUGCAGCACCUCAAUGUUAGCAGAAAUAAGCAUCUGAACAGUAUUCCUGUUUCACUUUUGCACAAACUUAAUCAGCUGGAAGAGUUGGAUCUUAGCUACGGAGGUGUUAAAUCUUUACCAGCUGAGUUCUUGAUAAAAUCCAACAAUAUUCGAGAGAUAUAUUUAACGCACAACAGUAUUUUGGAAAUAUCAGAAGGUGUGUUUAGCAACAUGUCCAACAUUACGACGAUAGAUUUAUCUUUCAACAAUAUUUCCAAUAUCAAACCAAGUGCUUUUGUCAAUUUAAUGAAUAUAAGGAAGCUGAUUUUAAGAGGGAAUCAGUUAACAUCGUUCAAGGGAGAGUUUUUCAAUACGGGAACUAGCUUGGAAGUACUGGAUAUUUCUGAAAAUCAACUGAGUUACCUAUUUCCUUCAUCGUUCCGAAUACAUCCACGGCUAAGAGAAAUUAGAGCAAGUAAAAACAAAUUUAACUUCUUUCCAGCUGAACUAAUCGCCAAUCUUCAAUUCUUACAACAUAUAGAUCUAUCACAAAAUCAACUUAAGGCGAUAGAAGAAUUAGAUUUUGCAAGACUACCACGUCUCAGAUCUUUAUUGUUAACUAAAAACCAGUUAGAAUCAAUCAGUGACAUGGCCUUUCACAACUCCACUCAACUUCAAGUUUUAGACUUAAGCUACAACAAGCUGGAUCGUUUGGGAGACAGAACUUUUGAAGGUUUAGUACGACUAGAGCUUCUUGAUCUCCAAGGAAAUCUAUUAACAGAUUUACCAGAGACUAUUUUCGAGAGAGUACGACUACAGAUGCUCGAAAAUAUAAAUCUAGCCAGGAAUCUCUUUGAAGUGGCACCGUUGAAACCGUUGCAAAGACAAUACUUCUUCGUAAACUCUGUAGAUUUAUCUCAUAACAAACUUAGAGAGGUACCGGCAGAUGAUAGUAUAAUGGUGAAUAUCAAAAGACUCGACUUGUCUUUUAACCCCUUGUCCAAGAACGCUAUUAAUAACAUACUAAGCGAACCUAAAACGGUUCGAGAAAUAAAUCUAGCUGGUACUGGCAUACAAGAAGUACCGCGCUUGGAAACGCCAUUCUUAAAACACUUGAAUUUAUCACAAAAUAACGUGUCUGCUUUGGAUGUUGAUAGUUUCGAAAGAGUUACUUUGUUGGAAGAAUUGGACUUAUCUAAUAACAGUAUUCAGGAUAUGUCUAAUUUUUCACAAAUUUGGAAAUUGCUGCAUAACUUACAAGCGUUAAAUAUUUCAUAUAAUCCAAUAGCUUCAAUUGCUAACAACGACUUCGUUGGACUGGAAAAGCUAAGAUGCCUCAGUCUGCACUCUUUACGAGAAUGCGGAAGGAUCGAAAAAAACGCAUUUAAAGCAAUUCCCAACCUUUCAGUGUUAGACGUUUAUGGAUAUCCUAAAUUGGGAUACUUGGAUAUCCAAGGUUUACUUCAGAACAUGCCGCUACUAGAAAAACUUAACAUAGAAACCAAAGAUCCCGCAAUAGGGAAAGACCAAUUGCAAUCGUUAUUACAUCCGAGACUUAAAGAAAUCGGUAUCAGGGGAUCAAGAUUACGAAGUAUAUCUUCAGGAACAUUGUCUGGACUCAAAGGUCCCGAAGUUAUAAUUCGUUUGAUGAACACUUCCAUAACCACCCUUCCACCUGCUAUAUUUUUCCCGGUACCCAGAUCGACCAAAAUCACUCUCGAUGUCACUGGAAGCCAACUCACAACAAUCAGUCCCCAAUUGUUGGCCAGUUUUGAAGACAGAAGAGGAGAUCUAAAGAUGAUUGGACUAGAAAGUAAUCCUAUAAUUUGCGAUUGCAGUUCUAGGGCUUUAAGAAGGUGGUUGCCUUCGCACAUGACUACCAUAAGAUGUUUAGCACCAGAACAUCUUAAAGAUAAACUUCUUGUGGAAAUUGGUGAUGAUGAGCUGACUUGCGACCCAAGAAAAAUAACCCCCACUACUGCCUCAAGUUCCACUUCUAUCUUCACUAGAGGUACUAAGCUUCAUCCUAAAAUGACAGAGCCAGAAAUCAUAUGGUCGAUGCCCACGACAGAAAAAGCCAAGCCCAAAAUCGCACAAGCUGGUCAAUCACCCAUAACCAACGAUGACACUCUAAUAAUAGGCAUAGUCGGGGCGUAGUAGCCUUUAUAGCAAUGCUUGUUAUAAUCAUCUGCAUUUUCAGACUAAGAAUGAGCAACAAUCAGUAUCGGGGUGGUCCCAUAGCUGCCGGCAACCACAUGGUUGGGGUAGUGGGACCCGGCAGUAGUUGUGCCUGUAGUGUUAAAGGUGCUCCGUCGGUGUAUGCCGUACCUCCGUAUGCCGCCGCGUAUUCAGCGACAUUGCCGCAUAAAAUUACUGCCUCGGGACAAAUUUUAAGGCCGUCCAGCUACUCGACGAUGGGACGAGUGCCAUACCAAGCUAGCGCGCAACCCUACUUCAUAGCAACGUACCCCUCGGAUGAGAAGAUUUACCGGUAA